UGUACAUGUUGGAACAUCUCGGAAGGGAAACAUGUCAACUAACCAAACACCAGCCUCCAGGGAUCAUAAAAAUGGUCCUGGAGAGACGGAAAAUACGGUCAAAGAUGGGAAAAGUCCUCCUAAUCAUCCAAUAUUUGAUGCAAUCAAAUCUGGUAUGUUGGUACCAGUUCAAACAGCAGCUGAAGAUGGACCUUCAGUUUUCUCACUCAGAGAUGAUAAAGGACACACUCCUGCCCACUGGGCAUGUCUUGGAGGCCAUACUGUUAUACUUCGAUUUAUCUUAGACAACAAAGGCCCUGUUGACGAGGCAAGCAAUAAUGAACUAGGAGCUCGUCCAAUUCAUUGGGCAUGUGUGAAUGGACAUGUAGCAAUAGUUGACAUCUUACUUCAGGCUGGUGUUUCUAUAGAUGUUGUUGACAAUAAAGGAUGUACACCAUUAAUAGUGGCAGCACAAUAUGGACACACAAUGUUAGCUGGUUACCUAAUGGGUAAAGGUGCAAGGCUACAGAUAGUAGACAGGGAUGGAGAUAAUGCAUUACAUUGGGCAGCUUUUAAAGGACAAAAUGAAUUAAUGAGAUUGUUGAUAUAUUCUGGUUUUAAUCCAAGACAGAGAGAUAACUAUGGACAAACAUCACUACAUUUAUCUUGUAUUAAUGGUAAUCUAACAGCUGUCAAAGAACUAUGUGAACAGGAUGGUGCUGAGUUGGAUCUUAAAGAUAAAAAUGGGAAAACCCCACUGAUGUUAGCUUCUGGUAGAAAGCAUCAAGAUGUCAUAGAGUAUCUCCGAAGACAGAUCAAAUCUAAAAAUAGUUUUAUACCUAAAUUAGAUAUUUUAUCUAUAGCAUUUGGUCCCCCAGGGAACAGUAAAGUAGCCAUCUUGUUUUUCAUGGUGAACGUGUUGUGCUGGGGUUAUCCUAUGUAUAUUAUUAAGUGUUUACCCUACACCUGGUAUGACCUUAUGAUUUUACAUAUAAUAUUCUUCAUACUGAACAUCAUCAUGUGGUUUUCAUUGUUCCAUGCCAGUACAACAGAUCCUGGAUAUCUGCCUAGAAAUGUACCAGAAUAUGAUUUAGCUAUUAAACAGGUUGCACAUUUUGAUGAGUGGAAACAAGGAGAGAAUCCAUUAAGUAGACUGUGCCAUACAUGUCGUCUUGUAAAGCCGUUACGAUCUAAACAUUGUAGAGUUUGUAACAGAUGCAUAAAAGUCUUUGACCAUCACUGUCCAUAUAUAUACAACUGUGUGGGAUAUAAAAAUAGGCAGUGGUUUUUCAUUUUUGUUUGGUCAAUGUUUCUGUUGGCGAUGUGUACUGAUUUCUUUGCAUACUACAUUUUAAGUGAUGAAUUUGAUUGGGCCAUUUGCAUUGGGGCUAUAGAGGCGGGAAUAGCAACUAUAGGAGUCACAGCUGUCACAGCUAUGAUGACUUUCCACAUGACAUCCAAUAUAACUUCUAAUGAAAGAGUUAAUCAGAAGAGAUACAAUUACCUGAAAGAUGGGAAAGGUGCAUUCUAUAAUCCAUUUGAUAAAGGACCUGUGUCUAACUUUAGGGACUUCUUCCAUAUGAAACGGGAACUGACAGAAAAAGAUGUAGAAAUUCUGAGUUUAUAAAUAAUGUAUUUAAAUGAAAUAUUGUAAAUAAUAACUAAUUAUUUUUAUACCAAGAUUUGUGUUACAUUGUAAAUAUGUUAUAUAUGAUCAAAUGAUUUAUUUAUUAUACAUUUAUGUUGUAUGCAAAUAUACAUUCAAUUGGGAUAUUUUGGUUGUUUUUACCAUAAAGUAGUAGAAAAAAUUUGCACAUCAUGUCAAUUCCAUAUUUUAUUUUUGUCAUAAUGGUUUCCAUAGUAAAGUUGAAGUUAGUUGUGUACACAUCUAACUGCACACUAAGAUAAGAGAUCUAAAGUUAAUUACCGGUACUGAAAAUAUUGCAUUUUAUUUUUUUGGUUGAACUUUUUUUUUGUGUGUGUUUAAUUUUGUCACUUUCAUCAAUAUGCUCAAACAAGCCAAAAUAAGACUAUAACCAAACUACCUAAUUUCCUGUAGAUAUAUUAUUAAAUAACAAAAAGUAUGUUUUUGAGAAAAUUUUUACCUGAACCAUAUUUCCUACAAAAAAUUCUUAAAGGAUGCUAAUAUUUACUAUUGUUUGAAUUGUUUGCAAAAGUGCAUAGUUUUUGUUUUUAUUUUUUUCUUACAGAUUAGUAAAUUAGGUCAGAAUAUUGUUUACAUUUAGACCUAUACAAAUACAACAAUUGAAAUAGACUACAUGCAUUUGUUGAAAAGGUUGUGUAGAAUUUUUCAACAUUAUAACCAUCAAACAUAUCCUUUUCAUGUCCCAUGUUUUCCAACUUAAAAAAUACUGAUUUUCAAAUUAAGUGAUUCAAACAAAAUGAAUUACAAAUAAAGAUAAAAUAAAGACAUCCAAUGCCCCGAUCCAUAGGUGUUCUGCAUUUGGGUCGUUUAGAACUUUCCUUACAGUUUGAAUGCUUAACCAUCACAGAAGACUGUAUUGACCUUUGGAUACCAUUUUAAGGGAACUUGGGUUUUUUUGGGGGGUGAGGGGUGUAUGUUACAUUUACUCAACAUCUUUUUUUUUUUCAUUUUUUGUCGAUAUUUUCUUUCUUAAUAUUACAGAUUAAUGAAGAACUAGAAAACAGGAUUACCAUCAGAAAAUUGUUUCCUCUUAAAAGUAUUCCUAUUAUAUAGUAAUAGAACAGAUUUCAUAUUUGGCCAUUAGACUGGCAAUUCAAUUUAUAAGUGCUAAUACAUUAUACAUCAUUGUUUAUUUUUUUCAUUUGAAUAAGAAAAAUAAAUCAUUGUCAUAGAAUUGACACACUUUUUUCAGCAUUGCAGAAAUUGUCACUUUUCUAAUAUUUAAUAUUGAAUUAUUGUUCUUACAGCUUUUAGUAAAAGCAAUAGUCUCAUAUUAGAAAGUGAUUUGAACUUAGACAAAACUGACCAAAGCAUAACAUUGAGAUAAAGUUUGAACAGCUUUGAAGAAAUAAAAUUUGAUGUGGAGCAAUGUAAAUAAAACUCUGACAAUUCAGAUUUCUUUUUAAAGAGCAGUGAACAAUUUUUAUGCCACACCUACGAUAAUUGUAGGGGCAUUAUGUUUUCUGGUCUGUUCGUCCGUCCGUCCGUCCGUCUGUCCCGCUUCAGGUUAAAGUUUUUGGUCAAGGUAGUUUUUGAAGAAGUUGAAGUCCAAUCAACUUUGAACUUAGUACACAUGUUCCCUUUGAUAUGAUCUUUCUAAUUUUAAUGCCAAAUUAGAGUUUUGACCCCAAUUUCACUGUCCACUGAACAUAGAAAAUGAUAGUGUGAGUGGGGCAUCCGUGUACUAUGGACAUUCUUGUUUGAAAAUAGUUUUUGAAUAACAAUAUAUACUAUAAAUCUUCAAGGUGUAUUUAAAAAAUUAAACUGUCAGGGGUAAUAAUUGUUCCUAGUUAAUUGAAUUACAUAUAACUUUUUUUAAAUAAUCUCUCUUAGUCACCCAUGUUUCAUAUAUUUGAGGCAUGUAAUUUUACUUCCAAAAUUAGGGAAAAAAUUUCUUAAUACUUUAAUCAUGACAACAAAUGCUGAUUGCCUUGGUACAAACACUUUGCAAAUGAAAGAGGUUGGUUUAACUGAGUUUUGUAGUGUGUCAAGCUUUCACACUGUAAAUAACAACUGUGGUUAAUAUUUCUUGAAAAUCAUUUGCACUGAUAAUGAAUGUUUGAAAAUUUGUGAUUUUACAUGAAAUAUACAAGAAAAUGUUACGUUGGUUCGUUCAUGUAAUUACAUAAAAGAAUCUAUUUUAAAUUUUUAUCUUGUAAAUAUCAUUAUUUAGUAUAUAGCAUCAAGCAUCAAUGUUAGAAAUCCAUUGCACAAUCAGUCCACUUUAUGAAGUUCUGAUGAUAUGUCCAUUUUAUUAUUUUAUGUGUUCACCAAAUACCGUUAGGUUGUCUAAACCACUGUUUCGUCUUGUUUAAUAAUUGCACAGUUUAAGAUUUUCUGCCAUUUGAAUAUUUUAGUGUAAGUGUUGGUUGAAGUAUUUUUGUGUCAUCAGCAAAUCUAUAUUUUUUAAAUAAUUUUUUUUAAAACAUUGUGAGUCAUUUUGCACCAGUUGUUUUUGAGGGUCAUGAUUUUAAAGAUAAAAGAAAAAAUACAACCUUGCAAAUUGCUGGUAGAUUUUUAUAUUGAUUUGAGGAUGGAUAAAUCAUGGAUUUACUAACAGUCUUAAACAGUUAUUAUGAAUAAAAUUUAUUUCAAAAUAAUAGUUGCCUGGUUAAACUAAUAGAAAUUAGUAUUGUAAUAAAAUAUGAACAUAAAAAAAUAACCUUAUUUUGAAAUAUCAUUGUAAAAACCCAAUAAUGAAAUGAUUUUUUCCUGAACAAAAGUUACUUAAACGGACUGAAGAGACACACAAGUUUAGAAAUGUACAAGCUAUCGUAGUCAGCUAUAGUUUCAUAUAAUAAUUAUUGGGUAAAAAAUUCACUUCUUUGGAGUUGGUUUUGAAUGUCAGUGGUAGAGAAAUGACCAAAGACAUAAUUUUGUGAAUGCAAGUUUUAUCAUUUUGUAUGUCAAUCAUGAUUGUGUCAUUGAAUGUAUCAUAUUGGAUUCAACAUUCAUUUAGCAUGUUGGUGCACAUGUUUUAAAUUUUACUGUGAAACAGUGUUGGAUUAUUAGCAUGUUAUCAUAUAAAAGAAAUUUUACAAAUAUCCAUUUUCAUUCUGCCAUUUACUCAUGGCAUAUACUUAAGUAUGAUGAUUUAUUUUAUACUUUUUAUUCCAUCUUUACACAUACAUGUUAUUUAAAAGGAAUUCCAGUGAACCUUUUUUUAGGAAGAACCUAAUUCUGAACACAAGUAUCUUGAUAUAUUCCCUGAUUAAAUUGAAAUUAAGAAUCUUGUCUCACAGAACAUUUUACACUUACAUUGAUAGCUUUUCCAUGUUUAUGACAAGAAACAUUUUUUCAUUGAAUUCAGAUUUGUUAAUAUUCUACCAUCUCAUUAACAGAAAAACAAAGCUUUUCUCUGUAUUAACAUUCUUCAUCAAAGAUGUCUGACCCAUAUUGAGCUAAUCAUCAUAAACAUUUCUCAGAAUUCUGACAUUUGGACAAUGUAUUUAAUUCUGCACAUUCAUUGGCAUUUUUCUAUCAAUAUGCUUACAAUAGAAGAACCUUUUUUUAGCUUAUUAAUAUAUAAUGAGAUCAAAUUGGAAUAUUUUUUUAUCAAGUACAUGGUCUAUUAUAAUCAGAAUACAUUUAUCAAUGCUCAGUAUAUGUAAAAGUAUCAGUUGUUGAUAAGAUAUUUUACAAAAAUAUAAAUACAAUCACACAUUUGCAAAAUCAAAUUCUGACUUUUUAUUAAAUUCAUAAUAAUAAAAAAAAAUCUGAAAUUAACCUCUUUAUAUUUUUUUAUUUGGAUAUUUGUAUUUCAAGUGCUUGUCAGUGAUACAUUAAAUAUGAAAAGAAUUGUGCAUUGUGGAAAGAAAAGGGAAAUUGUUACAUGCCUUAUUUAGACAUAAAAAUCAACAUAUGUUAAACUGUCCUCAUUGUUAACUUUCAGUAUUUAUAUCAUUUGUGAAAAUAAAGCACUUUUUAUGUAA